GCAACAGCAGUUUCAAAGUUGACUCUGCUUGGGUUGCCAGAACGCGAAUAAUCAUAGCCCUGGUACCGUGGGAAAAAAACUUUGACAUUGAGCGGAACAGAACUCAGCAUUCAACAAUAGGCAGAACAGCAGAAGGGACUUACGUUGUGCAUACCAGCAGCGGACUGCUUGAAAGUGGUCGACAAGGAGAUGGGCGGGAUGACGGCGCCAGUGGUUGGGUCAGGCUCUUGGCCAGCGUGGAUAGCACGCGUACCAAAGCCGUUGUUUUCGUAAUGUGAAGCACCCAUAUCGAGAGUAUGUACGUAGGAGAAAGAAAAUGUGUGAAAGAGAGAGAGGGGAAGGAGACAUCCGCCGUUCCGACUUGCCGAAAUUUAUACUCUUCAAUUGUGGCUUACCUUUUUCUGGUUUUGUUGUUUCUGGAAGGCAAUGAGCAAACCGAUUAGUAAUAAAAGCAAAGGCAAAAACAAGCAGAAACCUGCACAAGAUCCAGUUCUGCUUGGCUUUCCAGAUGGUUCCAUCGAUGCUGAGCAGGAUUCAGAUGCUUAUGCAACUAAAAUUGGCGGUGUGCCAAACUGGCUGCAAUCUGACCAUGCACCACCGUUGAAAUUCCUGCUUUGUGGCGUUUGUAAACGGCCAAUGUACUUGAUUUUUCAAGGAUAUGUCCCGCUUGCCGCUUCUAUAUAUCACCGUGUAAUAUACGUGUGGGCAUGUAACAGGCGCUUAUGUAUGCGGAAAGAGGGAAGCUUUUCUGUGGUUCGGUCACAUCUGGUCGAUCCAGAAUAUCUCGCUGCGAAUCGACGGAAAGAGGAAGAGAAGCGUAAAAAGGAACAGCAAAAGCUAGAACAACAACAGAGAGCAGCCCAGCCGUUUGGAGCAUUUCAGCUAGGUGAUCUGUGGGGAUCAGGUACACCAAGCUUUUCAGAAGCUGCAACAAAAGCUACAGAUACAACAAAAACAAAUGCACCGGCGACAGCGUCAGUAGCUUCCGAUGAUUUGACGACAUCACUUGAAAAUUUGACAGUGGUCGACACACCACAGGAACAGCUCCCGAUUGUAAACUUUCCAGGGGAGUAUCUUUGGAUCACAGAGGAGAACUUGGAUAAUUACGACGCAAUGGGGAUUGAUAUGGAACGCUACCGCGAGUAUUUAGACCUACAAAAUUCACUGCUCGAAGCGACAGAGGAAGCGACAGGGGAAGAAUCCUGGAGCGGAGAGACAUAUGAAAAGCAGCAACUGCCACGAGGUGUCGACAAACAAUUUAAAAAAUUUGCUGAACGCGUACAGUUACAACCUAGCCAGUGUGUACGAUAUCAAUGGGGAGGUACACCGUUGUUAUACCAUCAACUUCAAGGGCAACAGCAGCAACAAUUAGGAGGACGAUGCUCCCAAUGCGGCAACCCACGUAUUUUUGAACUACAACUGAUGCCCAACAUCUUGUCGCUUCUACCAACAUCAGAAUACGCGUCUGCAGACCUUCCGGACGACGCUAAGAAGGGUGUCAAUAGCUGGGAUAUUGGCAUGGAGUUCGGCACAAUUCUUGUCUUUGUCUGUGGAAAAGAUUGCCAUCCCGUAGACAUCGAACAGCCCUGCUAUGUCAAGGAACAUCUGCUUGUUCAAUACGAGUCUGAUUGAACUCGUCAAAAUUUUGUAUAUAUUAUGAAAAUGUAUAUAGCAGUAAUACUUAUUUAAAAGUUUUUAAUGUCUUUUUGAAUAUACACAAGGGGC